AAAGCAUGCAAGAAAUUUUGUAAAAAAAAACAAUCCUUAAAAAACCUCUCUUUCUCUCUCUCUCUCUCUCCCUCUCUAAAAUCCUAGAGAGAGAAACCUCGGCGGCCGGAAAAAAUGGUGGGAAAGCGAUUUGCCGUACUUCUGUGUGCGGAGGAUCCAGAGUACGUCAAGAAGAAAUACGGAGGGUAUUUUGGGGUUUUCGCUAAAAUGUUGGGUGAAGAAGGCGAAAUUUGGGACUCGUAUAGAGUCACCGCCGGCCAUUUCCCCGACGACGCCGAUAUCGGGAUUUACGACGGUUUCGUCGUCACCGGAAGUUGUAGCGACGCCCAUUCUAACGACCCUUGGAUCUGUCAGCUCCUUCUUUUGUUAAAGAAGUUGAACGCCUUGAAGAAGAAAGUCCUCGGAAUUUGCUUCGGCCAUCAGGUUUUGUGUCGUGCAUUAGGGGGAAAGACGGGUAGGGCAAUCUCAGGAUGGGACAUUGGAAUCAGGGCCAUACACGUGUCACAAUCCAACUCAAAAGCCUUAUCAUCGUUAAAGAUCCCAUCAACACUAUCGAUAAUCGAAUGUCAUCGAGAUGAGGUCCGGGAACUUCCGUUAAAGGCUGAAGUGAUCGGAUGGUCAGAAAAGACUAGAAUCGAAAUGUUCAAGUAUGGAGACCACAUGAUGGGCAUCCAAGGCCAUCCUGAGUACACCAUGGACAUUCUUUUGCACCUCAUUGAUCGUCUUGUACAACAUAAUCUCAUCACGGAAACAUAUGCCAAAGAGUUGAAGGUUAAAGUGGAAGAAGGAGAACCAGAGAGAGAGGCAUGGAAGAAGCUAUGCAUUAACUUCCUCAAAGGAACAUCUCAUGAUAUAAAUAAUAACAAUAAUAAUAUCAUAACAUUUUAGAUAUAUUAAAGAGAUCAGAAGAAGAGAGUAGAGAGUAUGUAUAUAAGAAAUAUACAUUAAAAGCAGAUUGAAUAAUAGGAAGGGGCAGGCAAAUAAUUUAUUGCA